GAAAGCGGAAAACUUCAGCUGAUCUCAUAUGGUUGUAGUUUGAACCUGAACUCUUUACUAUGGAGCACAAGGAGAUGAUAUCGAUCAUCGGAUGUACUGAUGACAGUUCGGCAGAGUGAUCGAUUAGAUUGAUAGAUAGAUUUGCAGUUAUAAAGCGCAGUUUGUAUGUUGUUACAGAGGUCGAGCCAAACUUACACGAUUAAACACGGACGGUAUGCUCGGAGAUCUUUGCGUUAUGACGAGGCUCUACGGACUUCAGAAGAGAGUAUAAGCUCGUAACGGCUCCAAAUAAAGAGAACACCGCUGGGAAUUUGGGGGUUUAGUUUUUAAAUUUCCCUCCUGUUCCUUUGUGGCGGAGGAAGAGCGCGGGCCGCGGCGGGGAGUUGCAGCAGGCCGCGGGAUCAGACGCCUCUGAACGGGGCAGAGAGAAAGAGAGAGAGUGAUAGAGAGAGUCUAUGUGGAGAAUCAGUCCUGUAUGUAUGAAGAUAAGUAAGUUAAGACCAAAACUAGAGUUGUAACAAUGGAUCCAAAUUCGGCGUCCGCUGGCGCUCCCAAAGGCGGCAAAGAUAAAGACAAGAAAAGCAAGAAGAACUAUGAAGAUGGAGAAAGCAAGAAGAAGUUUACUCUCAAGCGGCUGAUUCCUGAUGAGCUGGAGCGGUUCACCAGUAUGCGGACGAAGAAGGAGAAAGCGGCUACGCUGGGACACAGACACUCGACAGCAGCACAGUAUGAAGUUCCAUCACAGAUGCAGUCGCUGCACGAACACUCGGACGACUAUGUGCUGGAGCUCUUCGAACAGAUGCUGGUUGAUAUGAAUCUGAAUGAGGAGAAGCAGCAGCCGCUCAGACAGAAGGAUAUCUCCAUUAAGAGAGAGAUGGUGUCUCAAUAUCUGCACACGUCUAGUGCUGGAAAGAGUCAGAAGGAGAGCUCUAAAUCAGCGCUGGUGUACAUACAGGAGCUGAAGACCGAUCUUAGAGACACACAGUUACUGAGCUGUCUGGAGUCACUGCGAGUGUCUUUAAACAACAACCCUGUCAGUUGGGUGCAGACGUUUGGAGAUGAGGGUUUGGCUUUACUUCUGACAUUCCUCAAGAAACUUCAAGACGAGAGAGAAGAACCUAUGAAUGCUGGUAUUGGUGUAAAAUGUCAACAUGAGAUCAUUAGAUGUCUGAAAGCGUUCAUGAACAACAAGCACGGUCUGAAAUCCAUGUUGACGUCAGCAGAAGGAAUUCCUCUCCUCGUCAAAUCCAUCAAUCCAAAAGUUCCGCACAUGAUGGUGGAUGUAGUGAAACUGUUGUCUGCCAUCUGCAUAUUCGAGCACCCAGACAACACUCAUGAGCGUGUGCUGGAGUGUAUCACAGAGCAGGCAGAGGAACAAGACAUCGAGAGGUUUCAACCGCUGCUCUCCGGCAUGCAGAAAAACAGCAUCGCGCUGAAGACGGGCUGUAUGCAGUUAAUCAACGCUCUGAUCAGUCGAGUGGAAGAACUGGACUUCAGGAUUCAUCUGCGAUCAGAACUCAUGAGACUCGGACUUCGAGACCUACUGAAGGAGUUGAAGUUGAUAGAAAACGAGGAGCUGAAAGUUCAGUUUCAGGUCUUUCAAGAGCAGGCUGAUGAUGACUCCGAAGAUCUUCGCUCACGACUGGACGAUGUCCGUAUUGAGAUGGAUGAUGCGACUGAAGUCUUUCAGGUUUUGUUGAAUACGGUGAAGGACUCUAAAGCCGAACCUCUCUUCCUCUCGAUGCUCCAGCACCUGCUACUCGUGAGAAAUGACUACAUGGCCCGGCCUCAGUACUAUAAGCUUAUAGAUGAGUGCAUGGCACAGAUAGUUCUGCACAGAAACGGAUGUGACCCCGACUUCAAAUGCAGGAACCUCCAGCUGGACAUUGACUAUCUGAUUGAUAACAUGGUUAAUAAGACCAAAGUGGAAAUAAGUGAAGCCAAGACCACAGAGCUGGAAAAGAAGUUGGACUCUGAGUUGAUGGCCCGUCACGAGCUGCAGGUGGAACUGAAGAAGAUGGAGGCGGAUUACGAACAGAAAGUUCUUGAUCUGAGCGCAGAGAAAGACACGCUGGGGAAGGAGAAGAGCGAGAGAGAGAAAGAGAACGAGAACCUGCUGUCACAGAUCAACCGACUCAAAGAGAAGAUUGAGAAUCUCUCAAAAGAUCUAGAAGAAGCCAAAACGAAAGUCAUCACCGUGCAUGUGCCUGUGGCCCUACCUGCUCCUCCUUCAUCCGGCCAAACAAGUUCCUCAGUGGCGCCACCACCCCGACCUGGUGAAGCCUGCCUUCCGCCACCACCCCGACCUGGUGAAGCCUGCCUUCCGCCACCACCCCGACCUGGUGAAGCCUGCCUUCCGCCACCUCCCCGACCUGGUGAAGCCUGCCUUCCGCCACCUCCCCCUCCUCUACCUGGACAGACGUCCAUGAUGCCCCCUCCUCCCCCGCCUCCACCCUUACCUGGUGGGCCAUGUAUGCCUCCGCCCCCUCCUCCACCUCCUCUACCCGGGGCACCCGGAAUGCCCCCGCCACCGCCCCCUCUUCCUGGGGCACAUGGUAUGCCCCCACCUCCACCUCCUUUACCUGGAAUGCCGGGUAUGCCGCCACCUCCACCUCCUUUACCUGGAAUGCCUGGUAUGCCGCCACCUCCACCUCCUUUACCUGGAAUGCCAGGUAUGCCGCCACCUCCACCCCCACCACCCGGAAUGCCAGGGAUGCCACCAUUCCCACCUCCGAUGGGCGGUCCUGGGAUACCGCCACCCCCUAUGGGUGGUUUUGGUGGAUGGGCACCUCCUGUUCCUCAGCUACCGUAUGGUCUAAAUCCGAAGAAAGAUUACCAACCUGAGGUUCAACUGAAGAGAGCCAAUUGGAACAAGAUUGCAGCUGAAGAUCUGUCUGAGAAGAGUUUCUGGGUGAAGGCAAAGGAGGAUCGCUUUGAGAACAAAGAGCUGUUUGCCAAACUCACACUCACUUUCUCUACACAAACCAAGGUUAAGAAAGAUCAGGAGGCAUCUGAAGAAAAGAAAACCGCUCAGAAGAAGAAGGUAAAGGAGUUGAAGGUGCUCGACUCCAAAUCCUCCCAGAACCUUUCUAUAUUCCUGGGUUCGAACAGGUUGCCUUAUGAAGAGUUCAAGAAUGUCAUCUUAGAGGUCGAUGAGAAACUUCUCACUGAAAACAUGGUGCAGAGUUUAUUGAAGCUGUUACCGGAACAGAAACAGUUGACCACAUUAUCAGAGAUGAAAGAUGAAUACGAGGAACUGGCCGAAUCUGAGCAGUUUGGAGUUGUGAUCAGUUCAGUGAAGCGUUUGAAGCCUCGUCUCAGUGCGAUCCUCUUCAAGCUUCAGUUCGAGGAGCAGGUGAAUAACGUGAAGCCGGACAUCGUGGCAGUGACGGCCGCGUGCGAGGAGCUCCGUCAGAGCGAGGGUUUUUCCAAACUGCUGGAGCUCACGCUACUGCUGGGAAACUAUAUGAACGCGGGGUCACGAAACGCCAAAGCCUUCGGAUUCACCAUCAGUUACCUGUGCAAGUUAAGGGACACUAAAUCAGCUGAUCAGAAACAAACUCUGCUGCACUUCCUGGCCGAUACAUGUCAGGAGCAGUACCCAGAGGUCAUGACCUUCCCAGAUGAGCUCAUCCACGUGGAUAAAGCCAGCAGAGUCUCUGCAGAAACGCUCCAGAAGAAUCUGGAUCAGAUGGAGAAACAGAUUACAAACCUUGAGAAGGACAUCGAGACGUUCCCGCCUCCUCAGAGCGACAGAGACAAAUUCAUUGAGAAAAUGACCAGUUUUGUGUCGACUGCUCGUGAGCAGUUUGAGAAGCUGAAGUUGAUGCACGAUAACAUGGAGAAGCAGUAUGAAGAUCUGGGCAAUUACUUUGUGUUCAACCCCAAGAAGAUGAGUCCAGAGGAGUUCUUCGGUGACCUCAACAACUUUAGGAACAUGUUCCAGCAAGCGGUGAAAGAGAACCAGAAACGGAAAGAAUCGGAAGAGAAGAUUCGCCGAGCCAAACUGGCGCGAGAGAAAGCAGAAAAAGAGAAAGAAGAGAAACAGAAAAGAAUGAACGCCGGAAAGAUAGCCAACAUUAAUGAUGAUGAUGAGACUGGUAUUAUGGAUGGUCUGUUGGAGGCGCUGCAGUCUGGAGCUGCUUUCAAGAGGAAGAGAGCACCACGACAAGCAGCCAAUAAUCGGAGAGGAGCUGGUCAUGCCGUGACAAACAUUCUCGCCAAAGAGCUUCUUCAGGAGAAUGCCCCGCUUAGUGCCACCAAAAAGACCAGAUUGGACGUUGAGAACCAGAGGGAGGAGUCUCCGGAUGACACCGGCUCACUGGAGGAUCUGUUGCGCUCAAAUUAAGCCCUUGCUCUACUGAGCCCGCCUCUUCCUCUUUAAAGACAGAUGUGUUCGGGAACCAAGCGUGCGAGGGCGGGGCUCUCACUAAGCCACGCCCCUUGAGUAAGCACGUGUGCCUUCCGAUUGGCUGUUUCACACUGGAGGAGGGGUUCUACGUCGUCUUUUCACUGCCCUGAUAAACACUUUCCAUUUCUGUCACACUUGUUCUUUGCAUUUUCUGGCACUCUCUCGCUCUAAAUGUCAAGUUUAAUGUUUCAUGUUCUGUUCACGCAAGAUUCCAAAGAUUUGUCAACAUAAAUUCUAGAAUGUUUUGUUCCAUUCCAAAUUCAUCAGAAUGUUUUUAGUCAUAACAAACAUCUCUUUUGUUUUAAGAUGUUUAUUGUGUUGCAUCACGUGACUGAAUGUUUGAGGUUCUGUCGCCCAUCCCAAGAUUUAACAAAGGUCUGGUACCUGUUCGCGAGAGUCGUUUAGUCUUUCUGUGCUCUACUGUUGCUCAGCGCUACAUUUUGUGGUUUUAAGUGAAUGAUGUCAUCUAAAUUUCUUGGUAACUUCUCACUGGAUACUUAUUUAUGUAACAUGAGCCGAAAGAAUUUCUAUUUAUAUAGUUUGCAUUGAAUUAAACGUGACAAUUUACGAAAAAUUGGUUUAGGAAGAAUGGAUAAAUCAUUCGUGAAACGAUUCUUACGUACAUUUUUGCAUUGAUUUAAAUACAGAAUUCACACACUUCAAAAGGUUUUGGAUGAUGUGAUGCAGUAAAUAGUUUGUUAAUAUUGUUGCAUUGAAAUUAAACGUCUAUUUACAAAAAACCGGUGUUCGACAGGUAAAACCAUUCUUGCGUAAAUUGUUGCAUUGAAUUAAUCACAACUAUUAAGAACAAAAUUGUUAAAUUGUUGCACUGAAUAUGAAAAUACGCAAUAAUGGUUUUGGCUACAAUUGAUAAAUUGUUCAUAAAACAUUCUUACAUGCAUUUUUGUUGCUCGGAAUGGAUAAAUUGUUUGUUAAUCCGUUCUUAGGUGUAUUGUUGCAUUCAAUUCGACAAUUUGUCUCGGGACAGAUUACGUCAAAUUUGUUGGGCUUGUGUUUAAUAAAUGAAAACCCUUUUUGUGUCUGUGCACUGCCCUAUAUUCUCCUAUAUUGGGUUUCAUCGGUCGGCGUGUAGAUCGUUCUAGAAAUAACAAUGCUUUAAAGCGCUGUGCUGUGUUUCUGUUUGUAAAGUGUUGGAGUCUUCUGUUUUGUGCACACUGAAAAUCUAAACAAACUGACUCUUGUGCACAUGUUCGGGUUUUUUUUUAACCCAUCAUUCGCACAAGAUAGACAUCUUAAUUUGAACUACAUUAAACAAUUUUGAAGGCGUAAUUAACAUGUGUUUGGCAUCUUAAAGAGACAGUUCACCCGAAAAUAAAACUGUCAUCAUUUACUUACCCUCAUGUCGUUCCAAACCCGUGUUUUGGGGUGAACUGUCCCAUGGCUUGAUCAAGCCAAAUCUGUAUGAAAAUAGCACUGCAGGUUUGUGAUUGGUGCUAAAGUAUCUGUCUACACCUGCUCGUAGAUUUGUUAAACGUUUGUCGAUUUUUUUUUCUCUGCCGACAUAUCACAGACAGAUACUGAUUUUCAGGGCUGGUUUCAGUCAUUAGCAGAAUUUGUUUCAAUGAAGAGUAACAUUUACAGUGAAAGAUGACCUCAGAGUUUCAGCUUUGUAAUAUGACGUGCAUGAAUGUUAAUGUUGGCUGAAUGUUUGAGGGUCGAGAACACUGUUUAAAGCCAUAGCGCGAACUGCGUUUGUCCUGAGAAUUGGUCUUCUGGAUUAUUCUGUAGUAAAAUAUAUAUGCAUUUAUUUAACGUGUAAAACGUGACAAUGUUUUGACAAGAAUCAGGUCUCCACACGCUGCCCAGACACCAGCACGCCUAAAACGUCUCUGUAAUGUUCCGGCUUAUUUAAUGGAAGUUACUGAACCAAAUAUUUACAAUAUUUGAUGUUUUGGGAAUUUUUGUGGACUGCAAAUUUGGAGACCUGCAAGCCAACAGAUUGUCCUAAAAGUAUGGUUUGAUCAUUAUGAUGGUUAUGCAACAAUUUCACAUUCUCGGGAGAAGCUGCAGAAAUAUCACAAGGAAAAAAGAGGGGAAAAAAUGUAAACUUUUUUUUUUUUUACCGUUUUUCUAUAUCAAUUUUUAUUGAUUAUUUUACUGUAAUAAUAUUGAGAUUGUAUUGUGAGAUUUUGUUUUUGGUCAAAUUGUGUAUAUAGAGUUUGUGACCGUAGAGAAGUUUAUUCUGACAAUCUCUGAACA